UCAACGCCUCCAGGAAGUGAUUACAGACACGCGCGAGCGACAGAAUCAAGCGUGCCUCGAGUGUGCAGAACUAGGCAUAAAAUGUCAUUUGAACAGGUCAAAGUUAAGAUUCCUUUCGGGAUAAAAUUUCUGGAUGCCGUCAUAUCGGUGCCGAUGCGUGGAUUGCACGUGCACGUCGGAGUUGUUCUGACGCACGGCGCCGGGGGAGACCUCCACUUCCGCCAUUUGGUUUCCAUGGCAACCUCCCUGGCGUCGAAUGGCGUCCUGUGCGUGCGCUUCACCUGCAAAGGUCUCAACCUGAGCUACAGGACCAAGGCGUACAGAGCUGUGGUGGAUUAUAUAAGCAAAUCAAAGGACUACAAACUGAAAGGAUUAUUCCUUGGAGGACGCUCCAUGGGUGCUCGCGCUGCUGCUGCUACCGCUGCAGACCCCGCACAACUUCCAGUGAACGGCAUCGACAUUCAAGGACUAAUAUUCUUGUCCUAUCCAUUGCACCCAGCAAAACAGCAGAAGAAGCUCAGGACGAGUGAUCUGCUACUUUUGCACCAGCCAGUGCUGUUCAUUUCAGGGACAGCUGAUGAAAUGUGUGAAAAGAGUUUAUUGGAAGACGCAAUAAGGAAGCUUACAGCACCCACCACGGUUCAUUGGGUAGAAGGAGCUAAUCAUGGCAUGGGAUUGAAAGGACGAACUGAAGACGAUGUUAUGGAUGAAAUGAACACCCAAGUGCUGGCAUGGAUAAAAGAGGUUUGUGGUGGUUCAGAUGAUCACGACUAGAUUUGCCGUAAAACAUUUAACUUAAACUGAAGGAGUCACCUGGACAGACAUCGUAACCUGAACCACUUGAACCAGGGCCAGCAUUCUGCAAACCUGCAGCGUUCCUCGGGGUUCACACUGUGAGUACCUCUUUGUGUAGCACGUGUCACAUUUCAGAAACCUUCCUAUGGAUCCACAAAGCAUUUGCAUCUCCUGGAACAGUUUUUUGCACCUGUUGGUAAAGGUUUUUUGGGUAUCAUCAUUUUGGAAAAUUUUUAGUAAGUUUGACCCUUUAAGGGAAGCGCCAAGAUUUGUGGGUAGCUCCUUGUUUUGACUAGUACUAUUUUUUUAAUUUUGUAAAAUAAAGAGCACAAUUUUCAUCACAUCUCAAUAAAGCGUUUUUAAAACACUCA